AUGGCGGCGGGAGCGAAGACACAGGCGCAGCCGCAGCUCAUCUUCGUGGACGGCUCCUUCCAGGAGCUGGCCCGCGAGAUGGCCGACUACCUCCACAUCGCCGACGACAUCAAGCCCCUCGUCGACAACGAGGCCAAGAAGGAGGAGGUCCUGACCAAGCUGGUGCGCGCGUCCGCGGCGCUGACGUCGGUCCCCGAGAAGGAGUUCACGGCCGCCUCCAACCUCAUGGUCCACCUCGUCCUCCAGUCCGAGGAGCCCAAGAACCACCUGCCCACCCUCUGCCAGGCCUUCUCGAAGCCCAUCGCCUCCAGCCCCGUCAACGGCGUCGGCCUGAGCCUCAACGCCCUCAGCACCAUCUUCAACCUCAUCGCCCCCGAGAACCCGAUACGCUUCAACGUCUUCAUGGCCAUCUUGCGCUUCCUCAAGGCCAACUCCAUGUUCGACACCAUCCAGCCCUACCUGAAGCACAUCCCCGGCUGGUUCGAGGACUGGUCCACCAGCGCCGAGUUCCAGAGGCAGAUGUACGAGGAGAUUGCCGAGGUCGCUAAGGAGGCCGGCAAGGAGGAGGAGAGCUACGAGUACAUUCUCAAGGCCCUGCGCACUUUCGACGCCGACGACAAGGAGGAGCUCAGCUCGGAGGACGCCCAGCGCCUGUCCCUCCGCGCGGUCCGCAGCGCCCUGCUGUCCAGCACACACUUCCUCUUCGCCGACAUCCGCAGCAUACCCUCCGUCCAGAACCUCAGCGACACCCACCCCGUCUACGCCCAGCUCCUCGACAUCGUCGCCGAGCAGGACCUCGAGGACUACAACGACUUCAACGACGAGCACCAGGGCUGGCUCGAGAAGGAGAAGCUCGACCACGACCGCCUCCACCGCAAGAUGCGCCUCCUCACCUUCGCCUCCCUCGCCGCCCAGACCACCUCCCGCCGCAUCGAGUACGCCGCCGUCGCCAAGGCCCUCCAGGUGCCCGCCGAGGACGUCGAGAUGUGGGCCAUCGACGUCAUCCGCGCCGGCCUCGUCGAGGGCAAGCUCUCCCAGCAGGACCAGGUCUUCCUCGUCCACAAGGUCACCUACCGCGUCUUCGGCACCCGCCAAUGGCAGGAGCUCGCCACCCGCCUCGACAGCUGGAAGGGCACCCUGGCCAACCUCCACGACGUCAUCCGCAAGGAGCAGGCCAACGCCAAGGCCCAGAAGGAGCGCGAGGCUCAGGAGGCCGAGAGGAAGCUCCAGAACCCCGACAAGGAGGGCGGCGACCGCCGCGGGCAGAGGGGCGGCCAGCGCCGCGGCGACGGACAGCAGCGCGAGCCCAGGGAGCCCAGGGAGCCCAGGGAGCCCAAGGAGAGGACGGAUAACGACGAUUAA